UGCACCACUCUGUUCGCAGCGCUGCUCCCAUCUCCCACCGAUGCUCCCUCGACCGCCCACCGCCAUCUUCACGUCGUCAUUCGAUGCCGGCUCGCUAUGCCUGCGAUGUGCAAGCCGGAUAGCACGACUGCAGCAGCCCCACCGACGACCCUUCUCCCGCGCUGUGAAGACGAGACAAGUCGCUAUCACCAAGGACGAUGAGAUCAAUCAGAGGUUCUUCUGGGCCAAUGCCAUUCACAAUAGCCAGUCCAAUGGCUCCACAAUAUUAUCCAAAGCCGUAGCAAGUGGUCAGCUCAGAGNGAGACCCAGCGAACAACAGCCGCCGCGAGCGAAGAACCACCACAUCGACGGCGGAAACGAUUAAAGGCAGCAGCAGCAGCCUCGACAAAUGAUGCAACAGAAGCACCUCUCCCACUGGACGCAUCCUCCCAGCUAUCCAGCGACGCCGCCGCAGCACCCGCAAAGUCCUUUCGACGAGCAUUCUCCACCUACCUUUCCUUAUCCAAGCCACGUCUGGCCUUUCUCGUAGUUCUCACGACAACUGCCUCAUAUUCCAUAUACCCCGUGCCGGCCUUACUGAGCACAUCAGUCACUGAUGCACCCUCGCUGAGCACUCUCACACUGCUUUUCCUCACCAGCGGGACCUUUUUGCAGAUCGCGUCUGCCAACACAUUAAACAUGCUAUUCGAGCCACAGCAUGACGCCAAAAUGAGCAGGACGAAGAAUAGGCCCCUCGUCCGUGGCCUGAUCAGCAAACGCAGAGCUCUCAUCUUCUCCAUCGCAACGGGCGUUAUCGGAACAGGACUUUUGUGGUAUGGUGUUAAUCCCACCACUUCACUUCUCGGAGCGGCCAACAUUGCGAUAUACGCUGGUGCGUAUACAUACUUGAAGAGAAUACAUCCCGUCAAUACAUGGGUGGGAGCAAUCGUAGGAGCAAUUCCACCGCUCAUGGGCUGGUGUGCAGCUGCCAGUCAAUACAGCACAACAGACGCCAGUCAAUCAUCAAUCUGGGAGGAAGCCAAAGAGCUUCUAUUCACCGAGCAAGCAAUUGGUGGAUGGCUUAUCGCCGGCAUACUCUUUGCAUGGCAAUUCCCGCAUUUCUUUGCUUUGGCAUAUGCUGUUCGACAAGAAUAUGCGAGUGCUGGGUAUAAAAUGUUGGUCUCUACCAAUAUACCCAUGGCAGCGAGGGUUUCGUUCAGAUACAGUCUGGCGAUGUUUCCUAUAUGUGCGGGCUUGAGCUACUAUCAUGUCACGGAUCCGGCUUUCGUGGUGACUAGCUCGGUCAUCAACGGCUGGAUGCUCAAGGAGGCAUGGCGAAUGUGGAAGCUGAAUGGGGAGAAAGGGUCAGCGAGGGCACUGUUCUGGGCGAGUGUGUGGCAGCUGCCUAUUGUUCUGGUCCUGGCUAUGAUGCAGAAGAAGGGGCUGUGGAGUCGAGUGUGGAAUGCUACGUUCGGCGAGCCUGAGCUGGAUGAUGAAUGGGAGGAGGAAGUGAUGCCGCCUCGGAAGACUUUACAGAGCGGGUCAUGAUGUACAUAUAUUAUGUUACAUUAGCUACGACAUUGCAUAUGUGAUACAUUCGCUGUGAAUAGCGA